UUCUCUAUGCCCUCAGGAGCUGCCAUUGCUGCACCACCUGCAGAACAGAUCAUCUGUCUGUACACCCAAACAGCUGCAAGUGACCUAGAAUUCCACAUCCUGAGAUCAUGCUAGACCAAAAUAAGGUAGAGUUGCCACGGGAAGCUACAUUUGUAGGGGGCUGAAGGACUUGUGUGUUGUCAUCUGGUAAAGAAAAUAAAAUGGUUGAGAAUCACACAUCUGGUUAGUGAGAGAGCCAGGAACAGGACAUGGGUUUUGUGAUCAUCAGUUCAGCAGAUUGCUCCCUAAAGAGAGGGAGGGCAGGGUCUACGUGUCCAUCUAUGCUCAUCUGACAAGAUGGUGUUUCAGAAACCACCCGAUGGUGGCUGGGGCUGGGUGAUUGUCAUCGUUUCCUUCUUUGCUCAGUUCUUGUGUUAUGGAUCACCGCUGGCGGUGGGAGUCCUGUAUUUAGAAUGGCUGGAUGCUUUUGGAGAAGGGAAAGGCAAGACUGCUUGGGUUGGAUCACUAGCAAAUGGAAUCGGAUUGCUUGCCAGUCCUGUGUGCAGCAUAUGCGUAUCAUCCUUUGGAGCAAGGCCAGUAGCAAUCUUCAGUGGCUUUAUGGUGGCUGGUGGCCUCAUGAUGAGCAGUUUUGCACCUAACAUAUACUUUCUCUAUCUUUCAUAUGGGAUUGUUGUUGGGCUUGGAUGUGGCCUUUUGUAUACUGCAACAGUUACCAUCACUUGCCAGUAUUUUGACAAGCGCAGAGGCCUUGCACUUGGUCUGAUUUCAACAGGCUCAAGCGUUGGACUCUUUGUAUAUGCAGCAUUGCAAAGAGAGCUUAUUGAGCUGUAUGGACUUGAUGGUUGCCUGCUAAUAGUUGGUGCACUAUCUCUAAAUAUAUUAGCAUGUGGCAGCCUAAUGAGACCACUGGAGUCAUCUGAAUGCCCUUCACCUGAAAAAGCACAUAUAGACAAAGUCCCAGAUCAAUACUAUGUUUACCAUGAAAAAGAAAAGACUGUUGAAGAAAAUAUAAGCAUCCUUGAAAAGGGCUACAUUGAUGAGAAAUGCACAAACAAUCUGCCUGACUGCAAACAAGAUCACAGUUUAAAUAAGAAUGUAUUAAGCUCAACGAAUGUAAAUGAGAAAGACACUUAUAAAAAGAAAGUUGUGGAACAGACAAACUUCUGCAAGCAACUAGCCAAAAGAAAAUGGCAGCUCUACUUGAACUACUGGGAGGAAACUGUGGUUCUUUUUAAGAACAGAGUAUUUUCAGCUCUCUUUUUUGCCAUCUUGCUCUUCGAUAUUGGCGGAUUUCCCCCUUCUCUCCUCAUGGAAGAUAUAGCAAGAAGUGCAAACAUCAGUGAAGAGGACUAUCAUAUGCCCCUUGUUUCCAUUAUAGGCAUUAUGACUGCUAUUGGCAAACUUAUUUUAGGAAUACUGGCAGAUUUUAAGUGGGUUAACACAUUAUAUCUGUACGUACUUACCUUACUAAUGAUGGGAGCAGCCUUGCUUGCGAUUCCAUUUGCCAGAAGUUACUUUACAUUAGCAGUGCUUUCUGGGAUUCUGGGUUUUCUGACUGGGAACUGGUCAAUUUUUCCAUAUGUAACAACAAAGACUGUGGGAAUUGAGAAACUGACUCAUGCUUAUGGGAUACUGAUGUUCUUUGCUGGACUUGGAAACAGCCUCGGACCACCAAUUGUAGGUUGGUUUUAUGACUGGACGCAGGAGUAUGACACUGCAUUCUAUUUCAGUGGCUUUUGUGUCUUACUGGGAGGAUUUCUUCUGCUGUUGGCAGCGUUACCCUGCUGGAAUGCCUGUACCAAUCCGAGCUCAAAGCUGCCUCCAAAUACUUACUCCUACAAAGUUGCAUCUAGUGCUUAGGUGACGACUGGAAAACACUAUGCCUUUUUUUAUAUAUUAUGUAGCAAAGGAUUUUAGUAAUUUUUCACUUAUUUAUGAAGUCCAAAAAUCCUUAUCCACUAGAAAAAUUCUGUUGCUGGUUUAUGUUCAGCUAUUUUUUUUUCUUGUCCUUUUUUUAUCCAUUUCCCCCCCCCUUUUUUAAGACCAGUCUUAUUUUGUCUACUGUGCACUGUGUUUUCUGCCUUUGUCUACUGUAUCUUCCUUGCAGCCUGUAAUGGAUAUAUUGUGCUGUAUUAUUGGCUGUACUGUUUGUUUUUGUUGUUGUUGUUCGUUUUGGUUUCUUUUAAGGGAUAGAGAGUGUGGAGGGUUGAAGACAUUGAAGCAAAAAUGAAGGCCUGUUUCUUAUGGGAGAAGACAGGCAUUUCUGUCACCUUUUAUAGGUCUCCGAGUUGCACAAUCAGACUUCAUGAAACAAAAAUUUGCCUUAUGAGAAUAUAAUGCUACGACAAGGUGCUUGUAACAUCAUGUUUAGAUUAUUGAAAUACAAUGAAGUGCCAAUGAAGGAGGAAGAACAAAACCAUCCUUCUGUUGCAUUGAUGAACGUUGUGAUGAAAGUAAAGAUUCUUACUACCACUGCGACUGAGGACUAUGUUUAUAAUUACUGCACUUUCGGUGAAGUUUGUUUAUAAUAUUGUUCUACCAAAAUCUUUUAAACCAAGGAAUAAAAGAUGAUUUUUGAAACCAU